UUAAAUGUCAUUGAAAUUUAUAUAAAAAGCAUUGGACCACGUCUUAAGUCCUAAAAGCAAAUGUGUUUAUGAUGAAAGAGUCAACAAACAGAACAGAAGCAAACACAUCUACUUUUAGAGAUAACGGGCAUGGGCAGUUAGCCAGUCUACUUUCCCAACCAUUUCGUUGUAAAACGAAACUUAAAUCAAUGACGUCCUUCAAGUGCUGCUUCAAGGGAUUAGUCAGCAAUUAAAAGCCUCCGACCCCAGAGCGUUCUUUAACAGAACAUUGCGGUCCGCAGUAGACAACGGAAUGGGCUUCCUGAUAGUGUUGUGUGCAGGGAUUGGAACCGUGGCUGCAGUUGCUGCCCCCCCUCUGAUUCUGGGGGCAGUGGGCUUCACAAGUGCUGGAAUAGCGGCUGGUACUAUUGCAGCAAAAAUGAUGAGCGCGGCAGCUGUGGCUAAUGGAGGAGGCGUUGCAGCUGGAAGCAGCGUGGCUGUCCUUCAAUCCAUUGGAGCUUCAGGACUGUCUGCAGCUGAUGGAACCUGUGGGUGCAAAUGAGAAAAAUGGCCUUGAAAAAAUUUAAAACAAAUGACAAUCCCUCCUAAAUUCUGAACCUGCAGAAAAAACAUUAAUUGAAAAUUCAUUAAAGUUGCAUAUCA